UCCCAAUUUCCCAUGUUCCAUGGCGCUGACGUCAUACUCCUACCACAUCUUGCGCCGCUCUCCGUCUCUCUCCCUCGCGCGCCCAAUCUCUGCAAUCACCACCACACGGUCCGAGUCAAGCUCCUUUCGGUUCCUCUCGGCUCCUCCCCGUCAAGCGCGCUGCGACGUGCUUGGUUCUCCCAGCGCUUUAUCCCUCAAGGGUGCCUGCUGGGAGACUGCUAAGUCCAGUAGCGCGCCGCGCCGCAUUAGACGGCCUGACACUCAACCCGGCAUCCCCUCUUUGACGGCCCUCGGCGCAGAGUCCCCUCAGGGAAGGCAAUUCAGCGCCAGCCGCGUUGUGGCGAUGGCGGGAAGCAACGAGGAAGCUGCGGCCAAGGCGGCUUCGGCGGCGGCUGAUACAGGCAACCCCACCAUAUUCGAUAAGAUAGUGCGCAAGGAAAUCCCUGCCAAUAUCGUGUAUGAGGACGACGAGGUGCUGGCCUUUCGAGACAUCAGCCCCCAGGCUCCAGUGCACAUCAUUCUCAUCCCCAAGAACAGGGACGGCCUCACACAACUGUGCAAGGCAGAGGAGCGGCAUGCAGCCAUCCUGGGCCGGCUGCUGCUGGCAGCGCGGCAGGUAGCGAUCAGCGAGGGCCUCGUGCCAAACGGGUAUCGCCUUGUCAUCAACGAUGGGCCCGAUGGAUGCCAGUCUGUGUACCAUCUCCACAUCCAUAUCCUUGGUGGCCGCCAAAUGAAGUGGCCUCCUGGCUAAGUUGGGUGGGAGGAUAUUUGUAGCGUCUCUACAAUAACACUUUAUUUUGCCAGUCUAACCUACUGUUAUUUGCACGCACAAUUGAUAUGUGGUGCCUAUGAACGGAUUGAGGGUCCUCUUGUACAUGGUAGCUUUUUUAAUAAUGUCAAUUAUUUGGU